AUGGUGAUUGAUACCAACACAGUCUCUAUUGCAUUAGCAUGCUUUCUAAUCCUAUUGACCACGGUAGUAUACUUCGUGUUUACCGCAAAGAAGAGUGCCACCACAACUAAGACAAAAGAACCUGCUGUGUUUAUUACAGGACCAUCAAAAAGUGGUAAGACAGCUUUAUUCACAUUGCUAACCACUGGUGAAGUAAGAAAUACUGUUACAUCUCAGGACAUAAAUCUUAAGAAGAACUAUGAAUCCCGUGUUAAUCUAAUCGACUUCCCAGGUCAUGUUAAAUUGCAUUAUAAACUUAUGGAUGCUUUGAGAGAAACAGAACAUAUUAAGGGUAUAUUAUUUGUUGUAGAUGCCACCACGGACCCUAAGAAGUUAAGUGAAACUGCCGAGUUCUUAUUAGAUAUACUGAGUAUAACUGAAGUCUCCAAGGAACCAAUCGAUAUAUUGAUUGCUUGUAACAAAUCUGAAUCGUUCACGGCUAGACCGCCUGCAAAGAUAAUUGAGGCCUUAGAAAAGGAAGUUGGUCUAACAAUCGAAAGACACAACAAGUCGUUAGGAGAAGUUAGAAAGAGGGCAGACUUCAACACUGGUGGUGAUGACAGUGAUGAUGAAAAUGCUGGCUUCCUUGAAAAUGUGAACGGAAAUAAUAAAUUUACCUUUUCGAUGUUAGAGGGUGAAGUAGAGGCUCUGAAGGGUAGUGUAUCCAAAAAAGAUAUUUCUAACUGGGAAGAAUGGUUGGAUGGGAAAGUAUCUGCAUAG